AUGAAGCUGCUCGGAAUACGUGUCGCGCUCCUCGGGCUUUUCCAGGCGCACAUUGCUUCUGCCAUUCAUCUCUGGGAGGCGCCAGGCUCUAUUCCCAACUCGGUUCCUGCCAGAUGCCGCGCGCAGCUGGCCAGGAACAUUGACUGCGCUCAGAAUCUCACGACGCCGCGGGACGUGCUCAACGGCGGCGCCCUCUCGCCCCAGCUUGCCCAAGCAUACUGCACAUCGGGAUGCCGCGAUUCUCUCCUUGACUUCCAGAAAAACGUACAGGAUGGCUGCGGCGAUGUCUUGUAUAACUUUUACGACGACGGCGGCUUCAAGCAGUCUGGAUCUGUGCUCGCUGCUGGGUUUAUCUGGGCGUACCAGGCCACUUGCAUCAAAGACUCUUCUGGGUUCUGUCUGCAAGAUCUCAACAAUGGUACAAAAGAUCUAUGCUCUGACUGCGCGCUCAAGUACGGUGCCGUCAUGGCCAGCUCCGAUUGGGGCAAUGACAAGAUGAAUCCUGCUCAGUUUUCUUCUCUUCUUAAAUACUGCAGCGCCGAUCCGUCGAGCUAUCCAUACUCGCAUGCAACGCUGCCAAUCGGUACAGUAACACCAUCAAGCACCGUGUCCGUCCCUACUGUGAUGCCUACUUGCACCGGGGCUUUGUAUACAGCAAAGAACGGGGAUACUUGUCAGUCGAUUUCAAAAGACAAGAAAAUGUCGACGGAUGGGCUGAUCAACAUCAACCAUCUCGACUACAAUUGCACUAUGCUCACGGCAGGUCAGACCCUGUGCAUUCAGGGCAUCUGCAAGACUUACACCGUCGCCCAAAACGAUACAUGCGAUUCAAUUGUCAAGGGUCAGAUCUUUUCGACCGUUCAGCUGUUUUCUUGGAACCCAACAAGCCCCCUGUUUUCAUCCUGGGUCCCCGCCACGCCCGUCAGCUCCUACAGCGCGACGACGACGACGUGGUACUCGGCCACGUUCCAGCCCAACCGGACGGUGCCGACAUCGACCAUGACGUUCAACGCCACGUCCGACUCCCUGGUGGCCGAGAUUACAAAGUACUGCUGGAUCACCGACGAGAUGUGGGACUCUGGCUUCAACGAGGACGACUUUCCCCCCGGCUGCCAGGCGCUCUUCAGCACCUACUGCUUCCCGGCCUCGGCCGACGCCCCGGUGCCCACGUCGCCGGCGCACAUCCCCCAGGUCUGCGUGCCGACCGUCGACACCUACACGCCGCCGCCGCCGCCCGUGCCGACGCCGACGCCGAUCCAGCCGGGCGGCAUGGUCGAUCACUGCCGCAAGUUUUACCGUGUCGAAAAGGGCGACUUUUGCCAAAAGAUUGCCGACGCGCAAAACAUCACGCUGGACAAUGCAAGUUGA